AUGGAGAAAAACGGAAAUACCGAAAAUUUGCAAUACGAAAAUGGCAACUCUUUCACUUCAAACUGCAGCACACAAACAACACAAUUUGAUGGGUUGACCGGGUCGCAACAGCCUAGUCAUGACACUGCCGACGCUUUUGGUUCAUUAUUUAAAAGUGCACCUCGUCCAGGUUACGGCAUUAGUUCAACAGAUAAGGAUGCAUGGUAUUACAAUAUGCAUCAUAAGUAUCGUGGAAAGGCCAUAAUCUUCAAUCAUGAAAACUUUCAAGUUAGAGAUCUUAAAUCUAGAGCUGGAACUGGAUUAGAUUGUAUUAAUUUAGAGGUAUCCUUAAAAAACCUUGGAUUCGAUGUUACACCAUAUGUUGAUUUGACAUUAGCUGAACUGGAUAGAAAACUUGACUAUUGGGCUAAAGAAGACUAUACAAAUUAUGAUUGUUUAUUAAUGGCAAUAUUAUCUCAUGGUGAACAAGGUAUUAUUUAUGCUAAAGAUGGAGCUUAUAAACCAGAAGAUAAUCUUUGGGGACGAUUUACUGGUGACAAAUGUGUCACAUUAGCUGGAAAACCAAAGCUAUUCUUUAUUCAAGCUUGUCAAGGAGACCGAUUGGACGGUGGAGUUCAGUUAAGAACACAAGUCGAUGGAUCUUCUUCAUUCAAAAUACCCGUUUAUGCCGAUUUUCUUAUAGCAUACUCUACAAUUCCCGGUUUCUAUUCAUGGCGCAAUACUCAAAAAGGUUCUUGGUUUAUGCAAGCUCUUUGUGAUGCCUUCAAUAAAUAUGGUUAUCAACUAGACCUUUUAACUAUACUGACAUUUGUGAAUCGUCAAGUGGCCAUUGACUAUGAAUCUAAUGUUCCUGGUGCUGUUCAAAUGCAUCAGCAGAAACAAAUUCCAUGCAUUACAUCGAUGCUAACAAGAUUAGUAAAAUUUGAAAAGAAGAAUUAA